GUAUUCCGAGGCCAACAAAGUGAAAGUGACGUGGAUGAAACGUGUAGAGAGGAAUCGUCGCAGUCAAUUGACUGUUGUACCUGUGUGACCAGACUGAAAUGACAGUGCUCUAUGUUGGUGUCCCGUUCCACAUGUGGUUGAGUAGACUAUAUAAGCAGCGCAAUGCAAACCAGUCGUAUAAAUCACUGUGAGCUGCUGUAUACCCCUGCAGAAGUGUUUGAAGAGCGAGAUUGGCUGCUGCAGAUUUCAUUCCUUUCGGAUUAUUUGAAAAAGCAAAACAUAUUUUUUAGCAAUAAUGGGUGUUAUGGUUUCGCAACUCUUCUCUCGUUUCUUCGAGAAAAAACAGAUGAGAAUUCUGAUGGUUGGGUUAGAUGCUGCAGGGAAGACCACAGUCCUGUACAAACUAAAACUUGGAGAAGUUGUCACUACUAUCCCCACUAUUGGGUUCAAUGUGGAGACGGUUGAGUACAAGAACAUCAGCUUCACGGUGUGGGAUGUAGGUGGUCAGCACGUCAUCAGACCUCUGUGGAAGCAUUACUACCAGAACACUCAGGGUCUUAUAUUUGUGGUAGACAGCAACGAUCCUGAGAGGAUAAAUGAUGCCUCAGAGGAACUACAGAACAUGCUUGAAGAGGACCAGUUGAGAGAUGUAGUUCUGCUGGUGUUCGCCAACAAACAGGACCUUCCCAACGCCAUGUCUGUCAGUGACAUCACAAAUAAACUGGGACUGAGGAAACUUCAACUGAAUACUCCUUGGUUUGUCCAGGCUACCUGUGCGACCCAGGGUUCAGGUCUGUUGGAGGGACUGGACUGGUUGGCUGACCAGCUUUCCAAGCGCUAACUAGCUGAGUUGGCUCUGGGGUGAAGUUACCCCUAGGUACAGGUCUAGGAUCAGCUUCCCCUCCCCAAUUCUAACCUUAACCAUUAGUGGGGGAAAUGUAAAACUGACCCAAGAUCAGUGUCUAGGAGCAACUUCACCUUACAACAGCUGCGCUCAGCCCUUCUUAAGAACGACCAGGACACAACAUUUACUCAAGGACAACCAUACAAUCAGAACAAAACUUAGAAGUGCCUUUCUGAAAAGUUUCCAUUUGAAAAAUGUUUUUUUCUAAUGUAUUGCACAUAUUGUAACAUGUAAAGUUCUAAAUGUUUUAUGUUAAAAUAAUUGCAUCACUGAAUGAAUGUAAGCAGAUUCUUUAUCAAACCCCCUGUAUUUAUUUCCUGACUUCAAUACCUCACUACCUCUAAUAAAAUAAUGUGUUUAAAUGUA